AUGGACGCCAAGGCAGGGGGUGUGCUCGACGGCCUGACGAGCCUCAACGCCCUCACGAGGGAGUCGUCCUGCGCCGCCAUUGCCUCCCUGUUCGAGAAGGUCGACGGCCCGGAAGCCGGGGGCGAAUCCUGGGCCGCGGCGCAGAGGCUGAUCGCGGGCGGGCUCGUCAAGAAGCUGCUGCCGCGCAUGGUCGACCGCGUGCCUGGGGUCAAGCUGCAGGCCAUCGGCGCGAUGAGAAAUAUCAGCGCCGUCCGCGACCCGCGCAUGUGCGAGGUCCUCGUGCAUGACGAUUGCUUGACGCCGGUGCUCACCCUGCUCGACCGGAUGUCGACGGCGGCCGCCGCCGUUGCCGGCACCGCCGCCUCCGCACCACCACCAGGGGCAAAUACACCGAAGACCGGCAACGGCAACACGCAACAGCAGCAGCAGCAGCUCCAGCCGGCUCUGGUGAUGACGGCGGAGGAAGAAGCGGUCGUUGUUGCCCAGCUCGUGGCGACUCUGUGCAACUUGCUCGCGGCUGUUGAUGUCGCCGUCGGGAGGUUCACGCGACAGGGGGGGCUGCAGGUUGUCAUGCGGCUGCUGUUGGCGGAGGGUUGCCGAGGUAGCUCGGAGGUAUUCGGCGGCGCGCUGCAGGCUCUGCACGUAGCGACCGACUCCAACGAGGACCUCUCGCGCCAGCUGGCGGCCCAACCGGGAGCCAUCGACCAUAUCUCGGCGCUCGUCCAGGGCGCGGACGUUGCCCACGUCAAGGUAUCCGCGUCGAUGCGAGUGCAAGCGGCCGGGGUGCUCGUCAACGUGGCGGGCCUGUCGUCGGGCGCCGAGGCGGCGCGGAGCGCGGAGGACCAGGCGGAGCUGACCCGGGUGGUCCUGCCGCUGCUCCUGAAGCAGAUGGCCUACGACCCGACCGCGCUGCAGCAGGCCUGCGUCACCCUGGCCCUCGAGAAGCAGCCGGCGACACCGGGACCGGCGGCGGGAAGCGCGGAGAGCAGCAUGGACGUGGACGGAGAGGCAGGAGUCGGCGCCGCAGCAGCAGCCGGUGCGGCUUCCGCCGCUGCGCCAAUGCAGAUGGAAACAACUACGACCGGCGCGGCAGCGGGGGCAACAAAAGGUGGAGGACAGGAACCGGCCCAAGGGACGGAGUCCGAGAACGAUGGAGCAGCAGGAAACGACUUGGAAGGCGGGGAGAAGAAAGAGGAGGGGGGGGUGGACCAGCCGGACAGGGACGCGCAGCUCCGCUGGGAGUGGAAGCUCACCGUGGCGGAGCCACUCAAGCUGACGGCAGAGGUCAUGACGAACCUCUGCGCCCUGGCGUCGGGGGACGGGGAAGAGGAGGAAGAGGAAGAGGAGUGGGGCUCCGAUGACGAGGACGCGAUGGAGCAGGCCGCGUGCGGCGGUGCCGGGCGGCAGCAGCAGGCGAGCGAGGGCGCGCUCACCGCCGUUCUUCUCGAGGCCAUGGCGGAAGGCGGCGCGCUGCAGCGGACCCUCGCGACCCUCCAGGCCCUCCUCGCCCCGACUCCGAGAGACCGGCAACGCGAGCAACCAACGGCGGCGAUAGGCGGCGGCGGCGGUGGUGCGGCGGGAGAAGCGUUGCCACCACCACCGGCGGAAACGGCCGAAGGAGCAGCAGCGGCAGCGGCGGCUAAUACGGAUGACCGGCUUGCGCUUCCCGCGGGCGUGGCCGGCGACCUGGCGGACCUGCGCGCCACGGUGGCCCUGUGCGCGGCCAACCUCGUGCAGAACCUGCCCGCGAAGGCCCUCGGCGAGAACCCUCACGCGCUGUGGGCGGAGCUGUGCGGCAUGUGCGAGGCGGCGACGGAGCGAGCGCCGUCCUGCGUGGAGACCGUCACCGGCGUGAUGUGGGGGCUCGUGCGACGCGCCGGCCCCGUCGUCGCCGCCGGAUUCCGGGCGGCGGCGGCGGCAGCCGCCCCAGAAGCAGCAACACAGGCAGGAGGAGGAGGACCCAAGCGUUCCGCGGACCCUCUCCCCCUGAUCCUGCGUCUGUGCGACCCCGCGGUGACGCGUGCGUUCGAGGCGCGGGUGAACGCGGUGGGGAUGCUGGGGGCGCUCGGAUCGGCCGCGGCGGGGGCGGCCGUAGCGGGAGAAGGGGCGGCGGCGGCGGGGGGGGGCACAGAUCUAGGGCUCGGUCGCGCUCUGGUGCAGGCGAUGGAGGACCCGCACGUGCUCGUGCAGGCCGAAGCCCUCAACGCCGUGAUGGACGUUUAUGGAGAUGAUGGCCUGGACGCCGCCUUCCGUGCGUCGGGGGCGCCGGCGGCCCUGGCCGCGGGGGUGCCCGCGUUCCGGAGGAAGGUGAAGCAGGAGGGCAAGGCGCUGGGGAGGGACGCCAUGUGCCACCUCAAGGAGACCGCGCUCAACGCGGGCCGAUUCGUCAAGUACAAGCAGGCGUCGGAAGGGGUUUCCGCGGCGGGGGGCAAGAAGAGAGAGGGCCGAUGA